AUGAGCAGCCAUGGCAACAGCUUGUUUCUGCGGGAGAGUGGCCAGCGGCUGGGCCGGGUGGGCUGGCUGCAGCGGCUGCUGGACGGCCUGCAGCAGAGAGCGCUGCGAACGCGCUUGCGCCUGCAAACGAUGACGCUUGAGCACGUGCUGCGCUUCCUGCGCCGGAACGCCUUCAUCUUGCUGACCGUCAGCGCCGUGGUCAUUGGGGUCAGCCUGGCCUUUGCCCUGCGCCCGUACCAGCUCAGCUAUCGCCAGAUCAAGUACUUCUCUUUCCCUGGAGAGCUUCUCAUGAGGAUGCUGCAGAUGCUGGUGCUGCCACUCAUUGUCUCCAGCCUGGUCACAGGUAUGGCGUCCUUGGAUAACAAGGCGACAGGGCGGAUGGGUAUGCGGGCAGCUGUAUACUACAUGGUGACCACCGUCAUCGCGGUCUUCAUCGGCAUCCUCAUGGUAACCAUCAUCCAUCCUGGGAAGGGCUCCAAGGAGGGGCUGCACCGAGAGGGCCGGAUCGAGACCAUUCCCACGGCCGAUGCCUUCAUGGACCUGGUCAGAAAUAUGUUUCCGCCCAACCUUGUGGAGGCCUGCUUCAAACAGUUUAAGACGCAGUACAGCACGAGGUUGGUAACCAGGACCAUUGUGAGGACAGAUAAUGGAUCUGAGCUGGGCACCUCCAUGCCUCCUUUAUCCUCAAUGGAGAACGGAAGCAGCCUCUUGGAAAAUGUCACACGGGCCAUGGGCACCUUGCAGGAGGUGCUGAGCUUUGAGGAGACUGUGCCUGUGCCUGGCUCAGCCAAUGGCAUCAACGCCCUGGGCCUUGUGGUCUUCUCGGUGGCCUUUGGGCUGGUCAUCGGUGGCAUGAAACACAAGGGCCGAGUCCUGCGGGAUUUCUUCGACAGCCUCAAUGAGGCUAUUAUGAGGCUGGUGGGCAUCAUUAUCUGGUAUGCACCUGUGGGCAUCCUGUUCCUGAUUGCUGGCAAGAUCCUAGAGAUGGAAGACAUGGCCGUCCUGGGGGGUCAGCUGGGCAUGUACACCCUGACCGUCAUCGUGGGUUUGUUCCUUCAUGCCGGUGGCAUCCUGCCUCUCAUCUACUUCCUCAUCACCCAUCGGAAUCCUUUCCCCUUCAUUGGGGGAAUACUGCAGGCCCUCAUCACUGCCAUGGGCACGUCUUCCAGCUCGGCGACACUGCCCAUCACCUUCCGCUGUCUGGAGGAGGGCCUGGGUGUGGACCGCCGCAUCACCAGGUUUGUGCUGCCUGUGGGGGCCACCGUCAACAUGGAUGGCACUGCCCUCUAUGAGGCCCUGGCCGCCAUCUUCAUUGCUCAAGUCAACAACUACGAGCUCAACCUGGGUCAGAUCACAACUAUCAGUAUCACGGCUACAGCAGCCAGCGUUGGGGCUGCUGGCAUCCCCCAGGCAGGUCUGGUCACCAUGGUCAUUGUGCUCACGUCGGUUGGCCUGCCCACUGAAGACAUCACGCUCAUCAUAGCUGUGGACUGGUUCCUUGAUCGACUUCGCACCAUGACCAAUGUGCUGGGGGACUCUAUUGGAGCAGCCGUCAUUGAGCAUUUGUCUCAGCGGGAGCUGGAGCUGCAGGAAGCUGAACUCACCCUCCCCAGCCUGGGGAAGCCCUACAAGUCUCUCAUGGCACAAGAGAAGGGGGCGUCCAGGGGACGGGGAGGCAACGAGAGUGCCAUGUGA